AUGCCUGAAGAGAAGUAUGGGUCGACUCGCAGAGCUUCAUGUGGGAAAUGGAGAUCGCGUCUGCUGCGGUGGUCUGUCUUGGGCAUCGGAUGGAGCACCUAUAUCGUGUAUCGCAGCUUCGUAGUUGGACAGAUAAAGUACGACGCACUUACCGGAAAGAUGAUUAUUCGUCCCCGCAAUAUGUGGAUCAAGAGGAUUGCUCUGGUCCUGAAGAUAUCGGCAAUGUGCGUCGACAAUUUUGGCUUGGUAUAUCUCACUAUAGCGUGUUUUCCAUUGCUUUUCAUAUCGUCGGGUGAUUUGAACCAUCCAAAACGCCUUUUUGAGGACCUGGUGGAGGCCGUAAUUUUCCAGAUUGCUUUUUGGAAUAUCGGCCGUUUGUAUUACUGGCUGCGUAGCCUGUCCUGGAACAGGUCCCUUGUGCUUUCAGUCAAUGAGGUUAUCUGCGUGAUGUCCUUAAUUGAGGAGACGUUUGGACCCCUUCCAAUAGAUGGACCUGUCCUGCUAAUCAUAUUUGUGGUGCAGUUUGAUCUGACUGUUCUGCAGAUCGCCGAGUAUCUUUACGGAAAGAUGUUUGUCUUGGCGCUUCAUACGAUACUGCUAGCUCUGUUCUACAACGCGUAUAUCGCAUACCAGUUGUUACUUUUAUCCUGGAUGGCAACAUUCAAUCGCUUUUCGAAGGGCUACCACCAGAAGGGAACACCGACUUGGCAGGAACGUCAGCAGCUCCAACACUUGUUUUGCCUUUACUCAAGGGUCAGCAACGGGCAUCAGAACAUUAUGGUGCUGUGGCUUCCAGUGGCCACCAUGCUCUUUUCCAACAUCGUGGUCCUGGUGGCCCACUGGUCAAUCGUCAUCUACUGCGUCCUCUUUAUUGACAGUAUGAAUGCGGUCGAAAAGUGGCAAGACUUUCUCCGGGAACAGCUGGGCGGUAGUCUGACGCCCUUGCUGAGGAUUCUUCUCAUCGGUUUGUGCAACGAUCGCUUGGCCAAGCUGGAGAGAUUCUUGAGCCUGCAGCUAUUGUUUAUCGAUUUGCGCUAUUCGGGAUGUCCAGAAGUCCGGAAAGGGAAGGACUUGGAACAAACCUGCUUUGAUAUACAAUUAAGAGCUCAACCGAUCAGGAAUCAAAUAAUGAGCAUGCAGCACGUAUGUGGCUGCCCUUUCGUGCUGGAAUUCUUCUUUUGUACCUUCCUGAAUGCCCUAAAUUGUGUUCAAUAUGCAGUAGCCAAUGGAAUAAACAUCAAAAAUUUUUAA